AUGUGUCAGACGCUCUUGGAUUUAAUCACAAAUCGAAAGAAAUACCAAGAAUGGUUGGCCAAUAAAAUUCACCAACCCAAAGAAAACCCACAAGGCCAUCCAACCUCAGAAUUGCAAGCAUAUGAAGAAGUUUGUCAAACUAAUGAAGAUAGCGAGAGUAAUAGAAAAGCUUGGGAACAAAAGAAAAUAGAAGAACAACGUCAAGGGCGAGAACAAGAACUAAAGGACAAAAAGCAACAACGGCUUUUGGAAGCACAACGAAAACAACAAGCUGCUAGAGCUUGGCAAAGUUGGAUAGCUGAAGCUCCACUCAAACCGAAGCCAGUUCCCCUGAAUAAGGGUCUUUUAUCUUUGAAGGGAACAAUUUCUGAUAUUUACAUAAAUCCAAAUCCUUGGCGUGAACCUUUUGAAGAGUUGAAAUGUGAAUAA